AUAGUCAACGCAGACCAGGUCGUCGGCAGUAGAAGCACAAGCAUGUUUCAUCAGCGAAGAACCCUAUCUUCCACCUGCACACAGCAAGUGCAAGAGGAAAAUGCUUUUGUGUUGGGGACCCUGCUCUGGAUCGGCCUGAGAUGGAAAUUCCCAAUCCAUUUUUUUGUAUGUUCCACAAGAUUCAGAGUUUCUUGAUGGCAUUUAUGGAAUUCUUAAGGGAAGCAACGACUUCUGCUGUCGGGGAGGAAGUUGCGAGAGAUUCAUAUGCUCACAUACGGAGCAUACUUUCAGCUUCUUUAAAGGAUAUCGAUCUGACUAAUAAGAUAUUAAAUGAUGCAGCAGAAAUGCUCUGUGCAAGAAGGGAUGACUACCAGAUUCAAAUCCAUAGGAAUAAGAUGCAGAUGACUACUGAAAGUUAUAACGUAUGGAUUAAGCAGGUGAUGAAGAUUCUUGAAGAAGUGGAGCAAUUAAAAGCGAAAUAUGAAGACUCUAGGCGUUCAGUAUGGCAUGCCAUCGGGCGUUCAAGUCUUGGCCAAGAAAUGGUGAAGAAGUGUGAGGAAAUCCUCAUGCUUGUGCAACAAAGCAAUUUUCCUAGUGGUUUUCUAGUUGAUAAACCACCAGAACCAGUCUUGAAGUUGAGAGCACCAGAAUUAAAAAGAUAUCCAACACUCCAGGCCUCACUUGAAAAGAUACUUGAAAUUUUAAAAGAUGAUGAGACAAAAGGAAUUGGAAUCUAUGGAAUGGUUGGAGUAGGGAAAACAGCGAUAAUGCAAAAUGUGAACAACCAUGAAGAAGUUUAUAAGAUGUUUGAUAUUGUGAUUUGGUUGAAGGUUUCAACAGAGGAGAUUGAGGAGAACUUAGGGAUGGAGAAUUUGCAGGCAAUGAUCAUGCGGAGAUUGAAAAUAAGAAUAGAUCUGACAGAUGAUGUCACUCAAAGAAUACACGAGGAAUUGAAAGAUAAGAAGUAUUUGCUUCUUUUGGACGAUGUUAAGGAAGAACUUGAUGUGCUGAAAAUGGGAUUCCCUGAAAAUCAUAAUGGUAGCAAGGUUGUAUUUACAACAAGAUAUCGCCAUGUUUACUCCUUCAUGGGGGAUAGGGUAAUCACUAUAAACAAAUUACCUAAUAAUGAAGCAUGGAAGAUGUUUCGAGAUAUUCUAAAUUGUCCAAAUGUUAUCGAUCUCCCAACUAUUGCCCCAAUUGCAUGGAGAGUGGCUAAUGAGUGUGAUGGUCUGCCGCUCUUGAUAAAAAUCGUAGCCAGUGCCUUCAGAAUGAAGGAUAGUGAGUCCCUUUGGAGCAGUGGCUUGAAAAACUUGAGAAAAUGGCCAGCAAAGGAUGUUCAAGGCAUGCACGAAGUGUAUAAGCAGUUGACAUUCUGUUCCGACAACUUGAGUGAUGCCCAGAAGAAAUGCUUUGUAUAUGGUGCACUAUAUCCUGAAGAAAGUGACAUUUACACAGAUUGCUUGCUGGAGUGUUGUGCAGCUGACAACGUCAUUGGCAAUGACGAUGAUGCCGCUGUAGUGCGUGAUGAUGGUCCUUCUAUAUUGGAGCACCUUAAGAAUGUAUCUUUGCUUGAGAAUGGCCAGAAUGAGAAAUAUGUUAGGAUGCACAAGUGUAUCCGGCAAUUUGCCUUACAUAUGUCAUCAGAAAGCUAUAAAUGUAAAUUUUUGGUAAAAACAGGUGAGGAAUUACAGAAGUCCCAAAACAUGGAAUAUUGGAAAAAAAAGAAUUGGAUCUCUUUGACUGACAACAAGCUGCAUACCUUACCAGAAAGCCCAGACUGUGGCAUUCUUUCCACACUCCUGCUACAGAACAAUUCUCGCUUGGAUACAAUUCCGGCAUUAUUCUUUGAACAAAUGAAAAAUCUUCAAGUUCUGGACUUGUAUUGUACUGGCAUUGUGUCGUUACCAUCAUCCCUCUCAAAGUUGGUCAAUCUUAAGGUGCUUUAUCUAAAUGGUUGCAUUCAUUUGCGGGAGCUCCCUUCUCAAAUAGGAGAACUUCAGCAUCUUGAAGUGCUUGAUAUUCGUGGUAGUGGCGUCAACAACAUACCACCUCAUUUACAGACAUUGAUAUCUUUGAGGCGUUUGCGAGUAUCUUUCCCUGAUCCAGGAAAUGAAAAUAAUAUUCAGGAUGGGCUUUUCAGUCGCAAUCUGAUUUCAGGGCUUUCUAUGUUGGAAGAAUUGGUCAUUGAAGUGAAGUGGUGCAAUUUUUUGUCAAGCAAGGUUGUUGAUUAUGUUAUAAAAGAGGCAGCCACCUUGGAAAAACUAACUGCUCUCCAAUUUCGUUUUCUCAAUGAGAUAUUAGAUGUUGUGAAGGUGGUUGGCACCACAUUUCAGUUCUCCUUUCCAAAAGAAGACACACUAGGAAUGUUCAUUGAAAAGAACCCAUUGUGGAGAGAUGAUGACUAUUGUGCAUCAUUCCAAUUUUUUAUUGGCUGCGACAAGUCAAAUCAUCUUCAAAUUCCUGAGUUUUUCCAAUAUGAAAAGUAUUUUAAAUAUUGUAAUGGGGAAGGCAAAGAUACCACCACAAUUUCAAAGUUGCUUGGUAAAACCAAUGCAUUUGAGUUAAUUGACCAUAAGGACAUUGUGAGUCUAUCAGACUUUGGGAUUAUAAGCUUGAGCUGCAUCAAAAGCUGUCUAAUUGAAUGCUGCAGUCAAAUUACAACCCUUGUGGAUGCUAGUUGUACAGAUGGGAGCAUAAUACUACCUAACUUGGAGCAAUUAUACAUUAAAGGGUUGCUAAGAUUGGAAAGCAUUUGGGAAGGGCCGGUGCAGCCUGGAAGCUUAUCAAGACUGAAGAUUCUACGUUUGGCGAAAUGUCCAAUGCUGGUUAAAAUCUUUUCCCACAGCAUGAUUCAUCAACUUCUUGAAAUCCAAGAACUAGUAUUUGAAGACUGCUCCAGAACUACAGAGAUAAUAACAGAAUCUGAGAAUUUUGAAUUGAAGCCAGACGUGUUGCCUAACUUAAAGAUUCUUGCUCUUUAUGACAUGCCAGUAUUGAGAAAAAUUAGCGCAAAUGAGUUAUUGGAGUGGCCUUCUUUGGAGAAGCUAGAGAUAUAUGGAUGUCCCCAGUUGCAUGGGUUGCCAUUUAGGAGAGAUAAUGCAGUGAAGCUGAAAUCCAUUGCGGGGGAGCAGUCAUGGUGGGAAGCAUUGCAAUGGGAGCUGAGUGGGGUUAAAGAAAGGCUCCAACCAAUUUGCAUCCUCAGGUAACCAUUUCCUGCUUAUGUGUUUGUCUGUACUGUUCUUUUAAUGAAAGCUAGUAAAAGAUGGAAUUAUAUGCUUCUUCGAUCAAAUGUAUGGUACAAGACACUAACCAUUGUUGCGUCCUGCGUGACAUGUUCUGGAGUUCCCAGGGCUUUAGAGUUGUAUUAUCAUACUUUCUUAAUGCAUUUUGCCUUUGUUAUGUA